UCGUGUUAUUUACUGUAUCAGGGAAAAACACACACCCACUUCGCCGCUCGAGAAAAUUCAUGGCGGAUGUACCCAAUUUUAGGGAAAAGAGAUGGUCACUCAAGGGAAUGACUGCUCUAGUUACCGGGGGCACCCGAGGCAUGGGGCAUGCUAUAGUAGAAGAAUUAGCAGGAUUUGAGGUGGCGGUGCACACGUGUUCACGCAACCAAGAGGAGCUUGAUCAGUGUUUAAAAGAAUGGAAAAACAAAGGUUUCAAAGUAACUGGGUCUGUAUGCGACGUUUUUUAUACAGACCAAAGGGAGAAACUCAUGGAGACUGUUUCCUCCAUCUUUCACGGAAAGCUCAACAUUCUUGUGAAUAACGCUGCAAAAGGUAUGAUCAAAGAUGCUGUAGAGUAUACUGCUGAAGACAUUUCCCGUAUAAUGAGCACCAAUUUUGUGUCAGUUUUUCAUCUAUGUCAACUUUCGUAUCCUCUCUUUAAGGCUUCUGGAUAUGGAAGUAUUGUAAAUAUUUCCUCCAAUUCCAGCUUGCUAGCUAUCCCUUCUCUUUCUGUCUAUGAAGCCUCGAAAGGUGCAGUAAAUCAAAUCACAAAGAACUUGGCAUGUGAGUGGGCUAAGGACAACAUUCGAGUUAAUGCAGUUUCACCAGGGCUAAUCAGAACUUCUCUCUAUGACUUUGGAAAGGAAUUUCCUGAAGUUGCAGGAUUUUUGAAUAGAUAUAUCACUCAAACUCCCAUUUCUCGGCCUGGAGAGCCGUACGAGAUUUCAUCAAUGGUGGCAUUCCUUUGCUUCCCUACUGCUUCAUUUAUCACCGGUCAGGUUAUUGUUGUUGAUGGAGGAUUCACCGUCAAUGGUUUCUGCCACCCAAACAUUAACUAAACCUUUAUUUUCUAGGCAAGCUAUACAAACACAAAUAAGGUUUCAGGUUGGAGAAGAACCAAGAUCAUUUAGGUUCCAUUUUCUUCAUUUGUUAUGCAGAGGAAUUUUUUCUUUUUUCUUUUUUUAAAUAAAUUAUAUUUUUGUUGUCUUUAAUUUAUUUAAAGAGGUAUUUAAAAGGGUGAAUUCGACAUUUUUUAGA